AAGUUUCAUUUAUUAAAAAAAGUAUAUAAUAUAAUAAUAUAUAUUAUUUUAUCUAUAUCUAUAUAUCAUCGAUCAUUUUGGUGAAAUGAAAUAAUUAAUAAGAAGAAAGGUUUGAGAAUUUUCAGUUUCAGCGUUUUGUGGUUUUUGUAACUGAAUAACAAGAAUCGAAGGUGCGAAGAAGAAGGAAUCGACGGUGUUGAUUGAACUCACGAUCGCACCUCAAACUCCGAUUCCGAUCGUUUCUCUCUUUCUUCUUCUGCAUUUUGUUGCUUUGAGGUUGUUUUUUUGGUUAUAUGCUUGAUUGUGUUGAUUUUCUGAUUGCUGAGAUUAUUAUAUAUGGGCUGAGGUGAACUUUUCAUGGGAGGUGUGGACGAUGAAGAACCAGCUUUGAAACGUAUGAAGGUUUCCGCUAAAGGGUUAGCUGCCUUGUCGAACGGAUCUUCUACGCUUGAGACUGUUGGAGGUUUCUCUAGUAACUCUAUGGCUCGGCCGCUACCGUCUGAAGUGGACGAACAAGUUGUCGGUUCUAAAGGGGUUAUAAAGAGAGAGGAAUUUGUUAGGAUAAUUGCAAAGGCAUUGUAUUCGCUUGGUUAUAGAAAGAGUGGUGAGCGUCUGGAAGAGGAGUCCGGGAUACCUUUACAUUCACCUGGGGUGAAUCUGUUUACGCAACAAGUACUUGAUGGAAAUUGGGAUGAGAGUGUAGCUACAUUGCAUAAAAUUGGUCUGGCAGAUGAAAAUGUUGUUAGAUCGGCGUCAUGUUUGAUAUUGGAACAGAAAUUCUUUGAACUUCUACAUGGGGAAAAGGUUAUGGAAGCUUUGAUGACCUUGAGGGAGGAGAUUACUCCACUUUGCAGUUAUAGUAGUAGAAUUCGGGAACUUUCUUCCUGCUUAGUGUCUCCAUCACCUAAGCAAGAUAUAGUAAAGGUGAGGUCUCGGUCAAAGCUUCUGGAGGAAUUGCAGAAACUGCUUCCUCCGACAGUGAUGAUACCCGAAAAGAGGUUGGAACAUCUGGUUGAGCAAGCCCUUAUCUUGCAGACGGAGACUUGCCCAUUUCACAACUCAAUGGAUAAGAUGUCAUUAUAUUCUGAUCAUCAUUGUGGAAAAGAACUGAUACCUUCUAGAACAGUACAGAUAUUAGAAACACAUGAUGAUGAAGUCUGGUUUGUACAAUUUUCACACAAUGGGCAAUAUUUAGCUUCAGCAUCAAAUGAUCAAACUGCAAUCAUCUGGGAGGUUGGCGUAAAUGGGCUGUCUGUAAAGCAUAGAUUAUCUGGUCACCAGAAACCCGUUUCGUCUGUUUCAUGGAGUCCUAAUGAUGAAGAGCUCCUCACUUGUGGAGUGGAGGAGUCUAUUAGGCGUUGGGAUGUCUCUACUGGUAAGUGUCUCCAAAUUUAUGAAAAAGCUGGUGCUGCCCUAGUCUCCUGUACAUGGUUUCCAAGUGGGAAACAUAUACUUUCUGGCUUAAGUGACAAGAGCAUUUGCAUGUGGGAGUUAGAUGGGAAAGAAGUAGAGUCUUGGAAGGGACAAAAAUCUCUUAAGAUUUCUGAUUUGGAUAUAACGGAUGACGGGAAAGAGAUUCUAAGUAUUUGUAAACCCAAUACAGUAUUGUUGUUCAAUAAAGAAACAAAUGAUGAGAGAUUUAUUGAAGAAACUCAGACAAUAACUUCUUUUUCUUUGUCAAAGGAUAACAAAUUCUUGUUGGUUAAUCUUUUGAACCAAGAAAUACAUCUAUGGAAUAUUGAAGGUGAUCCUAAGCUCGUUGGAAAGUACAAAGGUCAUAGGCGCUCUAGGUUUAUUAUAAGAUCUUGCUUUGGUGGACUUAAGCAAGCUUUCAUUGCUAGUGGAAGUGAGGAUUCACAGGUUUACAUAUGGCACAGAAGCUCGGACGAGCCAGUAGAGGCAUUGCCUGGUCAUUCAGGAGCUGUUAAUUGUGUGAGUUGGAAUCCAGCUAAUCCUCACAUGUUAGCCUCUGCCAGUGAUGACCGAACAAUUCGGAUAUGGGGCCUUAAUAAUCUGAAUAAAAAGUACCAAAAUGGGCAUAGCAAUGGCAUCCAUUACUGCAAUGGAGGAACUUAGAUGACAAACUCAUUUUCAAUUGAUUUAUCUUUUAAUUAUCAUUGCAAUUGUGUAAAUACCAUUACUGUCAUCAAAAGUAGACAUUUAUUUCAAAACAUGCAUGUGACUUUUCAUAAAUUUAAUAAUAAAUUGUUGUUUCAUUUCA